CAGACAUUUCUCCAAGGUGCAGAUGGAACUCUCCAAAAAAGAAGUCCCAAAUAAUGGAACGCUCUCAAAUUCUUACUGUGUAAGCAAGACCUUGAGGAAACGGGAAUCAAGCCUGGAAGCACAUGGAAAUCUGGCCUCUGUUGUUUAUAUGCAGUCCUGAUCCCGCCCACCCCCUUUUUCCAGCACACAACUUUGGGCUUGUUGCUUUUUUUUGUGUGUGCGUCUUUGCACAUUUCUAAUCAUCAAAAGUGAUUGUUGUUCCUUUAAGAAGGAACGCCGGGAGACAAAAUGGGGAAAGUGAACAUUUGGGUGAAAAGGAGUUUCAUUGCUGUGGCAAGUCUGAUAGCGGUCAUCGGUGCAUUGAUGUUGGCAGGCAUUCUCUUCAUGCAUGGUCACUACCACCGGGAUGAGGAGAUCGAGGACAUGAUCGUGGGCAUACGUGCUAUCUACACCCUUUCCAUCAUCAUGCUGUUGUUGCCCGUUGUUGGCUUAUACGGCGUCUGCAAGGAGAAAAAAUGGAUGAUCAUUGUGUUCACAGUUGGAGUCAUCCUAUGCAGCCUUUUUGUGUUUUACAUUGGCAUGGGUCUGCUGUUCUUGCGUCCUACGAUAAGGAAAACCGUGGACAUGUAUUACAUGGACAUGCAUCCGUUCAGCAACGCCAGUGAAACAGAUCUGAACAUUAUGCACGAAACACAAAAAGAACUGGAAUGUUGCGGGGUGCAGCAGGGCUACCAAGAAUGGGGUUACGACAUCCCAGAGUCAUGCUUGUGCAUUGACAACUCCACCAGCGCAUGUAUGGACGCUCCAAAAAACAGCAGUCUGUACAAGGGCGCAGACGACCCUGUCAUGAUUUAUGAGGAGCCAUGUCUUCCAGUCAUGUUCCGAAAUUUAGACCUCGCCUUGGACAUUGCGGCGGGUACCUCAGUGGCGUUGACGUUACUUUGGACAUUGGCCAGUGUGCUGAGUAUAGUCAUCUUAUGUCAGCUCAAACCCAAGAAGGACGCACACGUCGUGGCUUACAGUCGAGAGGCCAAAACGGGCAACUACGCCGUCCUCACUGAGCCUGCCGAGCUCACCUGAGCGGAGUACCGCAAAGCGUGUUUCGUGGGUUAGUGAGGUCUGUCGAGUCUAAGGCCCAGGUUUGUCUGUACUACAAAGGUGGCUCUCUUUUAACACGGCUGGACCGCCGUGGGAAUUUAGCGCUAAAAAAAAGCGCUAACUCAUUCUGACAUGCCGAGAACAAUUCAGGGAGCGCUAGUUAGCAUUGCCUGAUGAAAUAGGCACUUUUUGAGCUGAGCGUCAGGACCAAAAUCCAAUCGGAAUAUUAAUAAUAUUAUAAUAAUAUUAUUAAUAAUAAUAUUAUAAUAUUUGACUAGCGUUAGCACACGUAUCCUGGAUGUUGCCGUAGCUUUUGCCUGAGUAUGGUCUUAUAUAUAAUAAUAUAAUCCACUGUAACAAAACACAAAACUUGGAAACACUGACACCUAGUGGUCACCGCCGAGUACCACAUGGAACAAUAGAGCUGUCCCUCCCUAUAUCGUUUAAAAAAACAUUAAUGAACAAAUUAUCACAGUUUUUUGGUUGACUGUGGCCUAUUUUUAGUCCAAAAAUAUUGAAAGACAAGUGCUAAGUAGUAGUGUGGUCAUUAGGCAUUGGUAAUGAAAAAAAGUGAAAAAAAUAAUAAUAAACAUUGGAUUACACCGAUUCAGACCAUGGAGACGGGAGUCUCCUCUCAUUCCGUGUGGAAGUGGUACAUUUUUUGCUUCCUUGUCCUUCUUCCCAACUCCGUUUAAAACACAAACACACAAGUAUUUCCAUUGUCUGUGUGUUUUAAAUAUGUAAAACAGGCAGGUAGUAGGACACACUAAUUCAGGCCUAUAACAACAAGGUUUUUAUAAAGUUGGUUUUAUAAAGCCGUAUUUAAAAGGUUUUCUCGGCUUAUUAUGGAUCCAAUUAACUGUGAUAAACGAGGGCCGACAGUAUGGACAUGAUGUAAAGAUGAAAAAGACCACUUUAUCUAUUUAAAUGGUAAAGACUAGUAUGGUAUAGUUAGUAUAAUAAUCAGUAUUUUACUUGUGCAUUUAGAUGAAUUUUUGCCUCUAUUGGUUGCAACAGUGUUGCUUUUGACAACAUUCCAUAAUAAUUCCUUGCUCCUCCGGAACUCUGUUUAUGGGGGAAUUGAGCUUUUGUUGAGUUGCAUCAAAGCGCAGGUUGGUUGAGUGAUCAAUAACCGAUUAUUGAUGAAUAUCCACUGUGUGACACCAAAGCUUACUUUUAACUUCCAUCCAUCCUUUUUCUAUGCCGCUUGUCCUCACUAGGGUGGCGCGGGUAUGCUGGAGCCUAUCCCAGCUGAUUCCGGGGGGCGAAAGGGCAGGGGUACACCCUGGACUGGUCGCGAGCCAAUCACAGGGCACAUACAAAAAACAAACAAACAACCAUUCACACUUACUUUAACUUAAUAUAACAAAAUAUACAUAGCAAAAUAUACUGUACAUAACAAAAUAGGAUGCUUUUUUUCCCGCAAAAAAUAUAUUUUGAAUUGUUUUCUUGUAGGAGAGAAUUUUGCAUGUCAUGAAAUCACCUUUGUUGUUUUUAAUUAUUAUUUUGUGUGAAUAAAAUUGUUGCUUUUUUUGCUUCUA